AUGCAAAGGGGAAACUCGGCAGAAGAAGCUCCUAAAAUGGCGGAGGUAGCGUGCUCCCUCAGCAUCCUAAGCGAGCAGCCAGAGGUGGAGCGCCGAAUAGACAGGGUUUUCCAAGUAUUUUGGGAGAAACUGGAAGCUUUACUGUCCCCUGAGUUGGUGCUGGAUACCUGACAGCACACUCACCUAAGCAGAGCCAAACGAAAAAAGGCACAGUCACCUCUGGCACCGUACCGCCCAAUGGGACGGAAGAAGCGAGAAUUUAGCGGACAGAAGGUAACCGGAGUCCCAACAAGCGGCAAAAAGAGCAAGGCGACAGCCUCCGGGAUCCGGCAAGUAAAGGUGCAGAAGCACACCAGUCGGACAUCCCACAUAUCUGACGAUGGUGGUCCGUCACCGGGAGGAACGCACAGGAGACACGCAAGCACCGCACCAGACCUGACAGGCAGUAAUCGAAGCAGCACGACCCUGCCUGCUGUAGCCCACACUGCGCAUCGAGUAGCUGAGUGGCUGCACACAUUGUGGGUCAAAGCCGGAGCGGACCCCCAGCGCGGGGGCAUCAUGGAAAAGUUGUACCACAGCAAGGAUAGAGGCUGCCUGACACGGGGACACAGACAUAGAGUACCACACCGAGGCGCCACCAAUACCCCGCAAGGCGUCGGCUGA